UGUGUGUACGUGUGUGGUAGCAUGGCACUUUCUUCUAAACUCGUAUUUUGCUUGUACAACCAGCUAAAAUCGUUUCCAGUUUAACAUAUAAUGGGCAGAACUUUGAGGAAUCGGAGGAGAAGACAAAGAGGAAAUCAUCCGCUACAUGUUAAGACACCAAGCGUUAGCUCCAUUGCUCAAAUCAACAAACAAGUGUUCAACAAAACAAUAUAUGAUUCAGCUCAAACAGCCAUGUACAUUCAACUAAUGAAAUGGAUGGCAUGUAAUGCCUUCACAGGUACUCAACUACAACUAGCACACUUUCAAGAUACUGGAAGAGGCCUGAAAACGACUGUCGAUGUAAAGUCAGGAGAUACAUUGUUGUACAUCCCAAGCAGGCUGUUGAUUACAACUUCUACUGUACUCAGAAGUCAACUUGGACCAUUCAUUCAAAAACAUAGCCCACCAAUGACAUCACAACAAGCUCUUGCCAUCUUUCUACUCUAUGAGGCCACCAAGGGAGUACACUCAAUGUGGUUUCCUUACAUAGCAAUCAUUCCUCCAUCUUACACCACUCCAGCAUUCUUCAAUCAAGAAGAGUUACAACUUUUACCCCAAAAUCUUCUAACUCUUGCAACGAUGCAAAUAAAAAAAGUCAGGACUGCAUUCAAGGAGCUUGAAAGUUGUUUUGUAGAAAUAAAGAAGUUGCGGCCAGAGAUGGAUGUUAGUUAUGAGAGAUUUCGUUGGGCGUGGUUUACUGUGAAUACAAGAUGUGUUUAUGGGAAACAAGAAAAGUUGUGUUUUGCGGAGGAGGAUAAUUGUGUCUUAGCGCCGUUCUUAGAUCUACUCAAUCAUUCACCAACAGCGGAGAUACAGGCUGGAUAUGAUGCCUCACAGGAGGGCUAUGUGAUUACUACAGAUACUCCCUACAAGAAGUGGGAACAAGCAUUUAUAUGUUAUGGACCUCAUAGCAAUCAAACACUACUAUUAGAGUAUGGCUUUAUAGUGUGUAACAACCAACACAGCUCACUGCAGUUUCAUAUAGAUGAUAUCAUUCAGUGUAUAGACUGUAGAGUAAUGAGGCGCUAUAACGAACUACAAGACAGAAAGCUAGAAAUCAUUAGAGAGAACAACUUUCAAGAUAACUUGUGUUGUGGAUGGGAUGGACUAUCAUGGAGGUUAAUCACAGCACUUCAAAUCAUGUGUAUGGAUCAAGUGGAAAUAAAUGACUGGAAGAGGGUCUAUACAACAGACUCUAUCUCACCACACUGUGAUAAUCAAGUCAUAUGUUUGGCUACCAGACUAUUGUCAAGAGAAAUGCAGGAAAACCAGUGUGUUUUACAGAGUAUUCAAGACAAGAUGGCACUCCAAAUCACUCCGACUGAUCACGUUUCUCUUAUACAAGGACUAAGACUUGAAAGACAACAUCUACUGCAGAUUGCUCUGAAGCAACUCUCUUCCUGAUCAUUACUGCACUGAUGAGGUGCUUUGAAUCACACAUGGUUGAUGAACAUUUAGAAGCCUGAUGUGACUGGACGUUAAAGUGGGGUUACCGAAUGCAGACUACUGUAAGACUGCCCUCUAUUGACCAAAGAUACACCUAGUCAGGUCGGAGCUGGGCUGUCAAUGAUAUCCAAUUGACAGAUUGGCUUACUAAUCCUAAAGCAAUUUGAAGUCAUGGAUUCCGACUAUGAAGAUUCCAUCUGAGGUUCCAUCCAGCUUCCUUAUCAUCCGACACACAAUGAUGCUCAACAUUUUACUCACUAAGCUAAGCCUAAAAACUGUUCUAGACCAGCAGGUACUUUUAGCCAAUAACCUGUAAACUGCCAAUCAGUUUUGACAUGCCUAUAGCAGAUUUAUGAAGUUUAGCUACAAUCACAUGCAGAGAAUGUAAAUUCAAAACUGACCUCACUAAAGUCAGACCAGUAGUUUACUUUAAAUAUUUGGUUGAUUGAGGAUAUCAAGAGCUUUGCAAUAAACAACCCUAAGAGGUUAUAUGAGGUUUUAUGCAUCUCAGGAAAGUCAAACAGUCUCAGGAGUUGAUUUGAUUUAAUAUCUCUUGCUUUGUGAGUUUUGAUUUUGUAUUUUUUUUUAACCUUGCCACGCAUACCGUUUGAGUAACGAGGGGCCAACUUGCUGUAUUUUGACGACCUCCAAUGUCUUACACCACGAGUAGUGAUUAGUGUACAAUAUACAGGGGGAGAAUUGGAAAAUACAAGCACAAAAAGCAAAUACACUGAUACUAAGUAGUAACUACACUUGCAACUAGUAAACUUGUCGGUCCACAACGCAUAAAAUAUCUUUGCUAGAAGUACUCCCCCAGAAGGAGAUUUGACACAAAAACCGCAAGUUUACUAGUUAUAGUUACUUAUUUUCCACACCAUGCAAAGCGUCAAACAUCACUUACUCUGUUACUGCCCUAUCCAUUACUACCCAACCUCAUUAUCACGUAACCCAAUCGCAGUUGCAAUCGGAGACUUUCAAACAGUGAUGGCAGCAGACGUCC